GUGCCCACCUCCUUAUCGGAACCAAGAAAUAAAGAAGAAGGAAAGGGGUUCCGUCGCGUGACGUUGUCCUCCUUAUCGGUGCCGAAGUGCUGCCCAUGUGAAUUGCUGCUCUAUAGGGGCCAGACAAUGCCCAGUGCCAUUAUAAUGCCAUAAAUCCAGCCAUAUCUACUCUGCGGUUGUGUGAGCUCGUGUGGGUUUUUGUGUACCAGCCGGGGUUUGUAUAGAGCAAAAGGAGUUAAUUAAUUUAUUUUAUUGGCAAUAACAUGAUUUAGAAAUUAGCACAUUCCGACUCGGCUCUCCGUGGUGCCCUGCUCAGCACCCACCGCUCUCCGGUCUCCGAUCUCCGGUCGUCUAUCCGUGCGACUAUCUAAGUGCUCCGUUCGCUGGGAGCAGCAGCAAAAGUCACACUUUCCGCUAAUGUAUAAAAUGCCGGCGCGCUUACUGGUGUUCCCAUUAAACUUGCAACAGCUCAGCGCUCAAGUCAAGGCGAUCCGAGUUCGAAAGCCAGUAAAAGUAAAAUAGACACUGAUACAAGGCGAAAUCGACUAAACCCCUCGAAUAUCACGUAUACGCCGGGAUGGUGCAAACAAGUGAAAUGGAGGCCCUGAAGCGGCAGAGCGAGGACGGGGAGACCAAGGAGCGGGAGGAGAACUACCGCAGGGGCAAGGAGCAGGAAACCACGGAGACUGCGGCCAUCAUCGAGGAAAUAAUCGAGGGCAUCUCACUGCAGAAUCGCCGCGGCACUAUAGUGCGUACUAUUUCCGCGAUAAUCAGCCAUCGGGAGCAGGAGCAGCGAAACGCGGAGGAUGUCCUAUUCGACAUGUUCGCCAGCGAGGAGACGGGCCUCAUCUCGAUGGGCAAAUUCCUGGCCGGACUGAAGACCACUGGCAUCCGCAGGAACGAUCCGAGGGUGCGGGAACUGAUGGACAAUUUGAAGAAAGUGCACAAGUUGAACAAUUACGAGACGGGUUCUUCGGCGGAGACUCAGCACCUCAAUCGGGAGACCUUCAAGGCAGUGGUUGCCCCCAAUAUUGUCCUGAUCGCCAAGGCCUUCCGGCAGCAGUUUGUGAUCCCCGACUUUACGAGUUUCGUCAAGGACAUCGAGGACAUCUACAACCGCUGCAAGACGAACACUCUGGGCAAGUUGGCCGACUAUAUUCCGCAGCUGUCUCGUUAUAAUCCCGACUCAUGGGGUCUGAGUAUCUGCACCAUUGAUGGCCAGCGCUUCUCCAUCGGCGAUGUGGAGGUGCCCUUCACCCUCCAGAGUUGCAGCAAGCCCCUCACCUAUGCCAUUGCCCUGGAGAAGCUGGGACCCAAGGUGGUGCACUCUUAUGUGGGCCAGGAGCCCAGUGGCAGGAACUUCAAUGAGCUCGUCCUGGAUCAGAACAAGAAACCGCACAAUCCGAUGAUCAACGCUGGGGCCAUCCUCACCUGUUCCCUGAUGAACGCUCUGGUCAAGCCCGACAUGACCUCCGCGGAGAUCUUUGACUACACCAUGUCCUGGUUCAAGCGGCUGUCCGGCGGGGAGUACAUCGGCUUCAACAACGCCGUGUUCCUGUCCGAGCGGGAGGCAGCCGACCGGAACUACGCCCUGGGCUUCUACAUGCGCGAGAACAAGUGCUUCCCCAAGCGCACCAACCUGAAGGAGGUGAUGGACUUCUACUUCCAGUGCUGCUCCAUGGAGACCAACUGCGAGGCCAUGUCCGUGAUCGCCGCCAGUCUGGCCAACGGAGGCAUCUGUCCCACCACCGAGGAGAAGGUGUUCCGGCCGGAAGUAAUCCGGGAUGUGCUCUCGAUCAUGCACUCCUGCGGCACGUACGACUACUCCGGUCAGUUCGCCUUCAAGGUGGGUCUGCCGGCCAAGUCCGGAGUGAGCGGCGGCAUGAUGCUGGUCAUCCCCAACGUGAUGGGGAUCUUUGCCUGGUCCCCGCCCCUGGACCACCUGGGCAACACGGUGCGGGGACUGCAGUUCUGCGAGGAGCUGGUCUCCAUGUUCAACUUCCAUCGCUACGACAACCUGAAGCAUCUGUCCAACAAGAAGGAUCCGCGAAAGCACCGCUACGAGACCAAGGGUCUGUCCAUUGUGAAUCUGCUCUUUUCAGCUGCCAGCGGAGAUGUGACGGCCUUGCGUCGCCAUCGCCUCUCCGGUAUGGACAUCACCCUGGCGGACUACGAUGGUCGCACCGCCCUGCAUCUGGCCGCCUCCGAGGGUCACCUGGAGUGCGUCAAGUUCCUGUUGGAGCAGUGCCACGUUCCCCACAACCCCAAGGACCGUUGGGGCAACCUGCCCGUGGAUGAAGCCGAGAACUUCGGACACAGCCACGUGGUGGAGUUCCUGCGCUCCUGGGCGGAGAAGGUCGACCAGCCCAACGAGGAGUGCCAGCCCGAGGCGGUUACUACCAAGACACAGGCGGAUGAGGAAAUCUGCAGCACGAGCGACCUGGAGACCAGUCCGGCCACCAGUCCAAUUCCCACGCCCGCGGAAUCCGGAUCAGGGCGAUCCAGCCCGGUGCCAUCGGACGCGGGAAGCACGGCGAGCGCCGGCAGCGCCAGCAGCAUCGAUGACAAAACCAAGCCGGGAUUAUAAGCGCCCAGAGAUCGAGGAUCCCCGCAGAAUCUCUCCGACUAAAUUAUUCGCACAACCAUUUAGUUUAUAUAUGACGUAUUAGAUUAAAGUUAAGAGUACCCAAAUCGCGCUGGUCGGUUAGUCCUAUAUCAUUUGUAGUAGUCAUCCCACGUGCAAGUCGAGGUCCUCCGAGCAGGAUCCGCUGCACGAGCGGCAUUUGUACUUGUACUUAGUAGUGCUUAGUUAGCCUCAAUAUUCCAGGGUAUCCUACGAAACAAUGACAAUAAUCUAAUAUCUACUAACCCACAAAUUGGGGUCUGUGACCCGCCUAAAUGUAUUGCAUUCGUACUUGUCAAUUGAUAUUUGUAUGCGUUUGUAAGUGUAUUAAUUAUCGAGCUAUGUGCAGACAUACUUGAUUGAUGUUUAAUAUAUACCUAGUUAGCUGAAAAACACAAAAUAUAUGGCAUAUCUUUACUUAAA